UAUUUGUUAUUAUUGGGUUUUUGGUUGAAAUGGGGAUGCAUGAAUUCUUGUUAUAGUUGUUCAAGAGUCUUCUGUACGCUUGCUGUGUGUUCUUCUUUUCUUGGAAGGUAGAAAGACUUUGCACUUUCACCAUGAAUCGCCAUAAAAGAUGCAAGAACUCCCUUUCUCUUUCUCAAACUAAAAUUUGCUGGUUUUGUUUAUGACAGAAAAGUGCUUUUGUUUUUUCAUCUGAUAGAAAUGUGAAAAAAACAGUUGAUGCAAAGCAGAGCUUAUAUUAUCAUAGUCAAUACUACAGGCGUAGCUAAAACAACCCGUGUUUAAAAUAUUAUGGUAUUUAAUAAAUCAAACAUAAUGUCAUGUAUUAUGCUGUGGCAAUAGCCUUACUGUUAAUAUUUAACUAGAUGCCUAGAUGGCAUGAAGCAUUGGUUUUUUCAUGAAAUGCAAAAUCAUAUUCUAUCAGGUACUGGUAUUUUUUCUGAAUCAGUAUAACCUUGGUGAUUAUUUUAAGGGCCCUUUGCUUUCUUACCUUGUUAUUAGAAGAUUUAGUUAUUCAAGUCCUGCUUCGGAUAACUUGCUAAAAUUCCUCCUUUUUCAGUUAUUUUAUUUUCCAAUAGCAAAAAUGAAUUUAAAAGAUGCCUAAGUGUUUCUUUUUCUUGUAACUCCUAGUAAAUGCAGCGGACUUAUAACUGGACCACUCAGUUUAUCUUUUCUUGGUUGUGCGAUGACUUUUUUGAGAUUUCUGAAUUGGACGCCAUGAUGUGGAAUGACCCAUCUUGGAGCUUAGUUUUCUUGGAUAUGAUGCAAAACGAUGAGAUAAUUGGGGGAGACAAACUCAUAUUGAGAGGGUUGAUGUUCCACGGCUUCCAUGGGGUGAAACCAGAAGAAAAGACAUUGGGUCAGAAAUUCUUGAUAGAUGUAGAUGCCUGGAUGGAUCUCAGGGCAGCUGGUAAAUCUGACCAGAUGUCAGAUACUCUUAGCUAUACUGAAAUUUACCGCGUAGUUAAGGAAGUUGUUGAAGGACCAUCUCAUAAUCUUCUGGAGUCGGUGGCCCAACAAAUUGCCUUAACCACGCUGACAAAGUAUCCCCAAAUAUCUGCUGUUCGUGUAAAAGUUGGGAAGCCUCAUGUGGCUGUUCAUGGUCCUUUAGAUUAUUUGGGAGUGGAGAUUCUCAGACGCAGAAUUGUUGAUCUUCCAAACUAAUUCACUUCCAUUUUUGUGUUUGGUGGUUCCAUAUUUGUUGUAUCUCAUUUUUAGUUUACUAGUACCAGUUGAAUUUCCAGUAUUUGAGUAAGAACACCAUUAUUUAUUUUUGCUGCAA